AGCAGUGCCGGAGCUCUGAGGACAGGAUCCUUGGAAGUGUGUGGGGUUGGAGACGGGAGACUCUGAGAGCUCGCAGUUUGGAGAGAGACGAGGAGUUCCCUAGAGACUUAUCCGCGAUCUCUUCUCGAGUGCACCCGUCUGUCUUCAGCUGUCUGCCUCAUUCCUCCCUAAUGGUGUCCUUCCUCUCAGGCCUCGGCUCAGGAUCCAGGCCUUGGCUCAGGAUCCAGGCCUUCUCUGCCCACUGCCUCAGAGCAGCUGCUACCCUUGGCUGGGAGGGAAGAACUUUUGUGCAGACGAGAUUAUAGCGCUAGGAACCCCAAUAACGACUGAAAUCUCGACCUCCAAUCCAGUGCGAGUUCUUCCCGUGCCUCCUUUACCAGUCUUUGAGAAGACAUACCCUUCUUCUUGCCACCCAGAGCUCAGGAAGCCCCAAGCUGGGGCCCUGGUCCCCGCAUGUCAGUCCUUUCUUAUGCAUAGGGCUAUGCCCUCUCCCCAUCAGCAUGGCUGAGCUCAGGCAGGUUCCAGGGGGGCGGGAGACCCCUCAGGGGGAGCUACAGCCAGAGGUUGUAGAGGAUAAAGUCCCUCGGAGCCCAGUCACAGAGGAACCCCAAGGAGAUGAAAGCAACAGCAGUGAGGCCAAAUUGUCCCCGGUGGAGGAGGAAGAGCUGGAUCCUAGAAUACAGGAGGAGCUGGAGCACCUGAACCAGGCCAGCGAGGAGAUCAACCAGGUGGAGCUGCAGCUGGAUGAGGCCAGGACCACCUAUCGGAGGAUCCUGCAGGAGUCAGCAAGGAAGCUCAACACUCAGGGCUCCCACUUGGGGAGCUGCAUUGAGAAGGCCCGGCCCUAUUAUGAGGCUCGUCGGCUGGCUAAGGAGGCCCAGCAGGAGACACAGAAGGCAGCCUUGCGAUAUGAGAGGGCUGUGAGCAUGCACAAUGCUGCACGGGAGAUGGUGUUUGUGGCCGAGCAGGGUGUCAUGGCUGACAAGAACCGAUUGGACCCCACAUGGCAGGAGAUGCUCAACCACGCCACCUGCAAGGUGAAUGAGGCGGAGGAGGAGCGGCUUCGUGGAGAGCGGGAGCACCAGCGGGUAACGCGGCUGUGCCAGCAGGCUGAAGCUCGGGUGCAAGCUCUGCAGAAGACCCUCCGGCGGGCCAUUGGCAAGAGUCGCCCCUACUUUGAGCUCAAGGCCCAGUUCAGCCAGAUACUGGAGGAGCACAAGGCCAAGGUGACAGAGCUGGAACAGCAGGUCGCUCAGGCCAAGACCCGCUACUCCGUGGCCUUACGCAACCUUGAACAGAUCAGUGAGCAGAUUCACGAGCGGCGUAGGGGCCUGCCCCUUCAUCCCCCUGGACCUCGGCGCUCCUCCCCUGUGGGUGCUGAGGCUAGGCCCCAGGAGGAGGAGGAGGAUGGAGACAGUGGGAUUAUUGAGGGGGCCGAGGGCGAGGCCCUGGAAGAGGGCUGCAGCCUGGGGCCCGGUCCUGCCCCUGAUGCAGACACUCUGAGCCUGCUGAGCCUGCGCACAGUGGCCUCGGACCUGCAGAAGUGUGACUCCGUGGAACACCUACUGGGCCUCUCGGACCACACCAGUCUAGAUGGCCAGGAGCUGGGCACCCGGAGUGGAGGCUGCAGGGGCCGCCACCAGCGCAGCAUCAGUCUGUAGCCCAUGCUCAGGUUGGCUGGUGUGUCCCUUACCACUGCUAGCCCACUCAGGGCCAGUGGGCUCCCACCUCCUUUCUGGGGUUCUUGUUUCCCUGGAGAAUUUCCACAGAUUGGCCGUGUCUGAGUUCUCCUGUCACUGGUGUGUGUCUCAUCCCCACUUGCCUAUGUUUCAGGUGACAGCUCUCUUUGCCUUACUCCUGAAGAAGGCUUAUCUCCAGCCCUCACAGUUUGUCCAUGCCCUUUGCUGGCCUCUUUCUAACUUCUCUCCUUCUGCCUGGCUUUUUCCCUCAGGGAAUUUUGUCUAGGAAUUACAGGGAAGCCCAUCACAGAAGGUGGGUGCUGGACCUGAAUCUGGUAUCUUGGGCCCCUAGCCUGAAUGAAUGGACAGGUGUUUCUCCCACCUCCCCUUUUCUUAAAGAGCCCUAGGGAUGUAGUGGAGCCCUCCUGGCAGCCCUGCCCCCAUGCUCUGGUCCCAUCCUGCCUGUGUGUAAUCUAUAAGAUAUACUGUGGGGCUUUGUGCCUCUGAAAGACUCCUGUCCCUUCAGCACUCCCUCCUCAUGACCUAAAUUACUUUGCUCUGUGUGCCCCAGAGCAGGACUUGAAGGGUGCUGGUGUCAGCAAAGGUGAAACCCAACCCUUGUGUCAACACAGGGGACAUUACCAACUCCUCAACUCCACACAGGCUUCUAUGUGCAUGUUUUCCCCAGCAGGGCUGGGCCCUUAACAUUGCCAAGGUGCUAGUGGGUCUCUAACAGGGUCCAUGUUGGGAAUAGAAAUGUAAUGAAGUCUUGACGGCUGAGGCCCUUGCCUUCCUUGCUGUGGAGUGAGGUUUACUUUUUAGAGGAUUUUGAGCUAGAUCUCAGCCUCCUCCUGCAGAUGGAGUUGGGGAAUUUGGUGCUCUUCCCCCAACCAAACCAUACCUACUCCAGGGUCCUUUGGGGAAUGCUAAAAUGUGGCUGCCCUUGAUGUGGGGAGGGGACUUACCCUCCUAGGGAGCAGCUCCAGGUGUCUGGUGGCGCUGCCAGGCUGUAUUUGUGUGUGUGUGUGUGUGUGUGUGUGUGUGUGUGUGUGUGAAGGUGGGGACACCACACCUGGUCUGGGUGCCUUGUGGGGACUGGUUCUUGGUCUCAUCCUAGGAGGGCUGAGAACUGGACUAGGUAGGAGGGCUGUACCUAGGCCUAUGUGCCAUUGCCAUCAAUUGGGAGCAGUGGGCUUUCAUGUGGACAGUGUCUCCCUGUUCUAGAGUUGAGAUAGGAUGGUCACAAUGAGAACCCCUGGGUUUGAGGUGGCCAUGGGUAGAGGGAAGAAAGAAUGUCAUGUGUGUGUGCAUGUGCUGGUGUGUGUCUGGGGAAGGAGUCUGCUCCUGAUUUUAUUUAAAUAAAAUAGUUUAUGUAACAGUAAUGGUUACUACCUCUAUCAUGAAAGGGAGAAGGGGGUGAUGAGCAGGUUGAUGGGAGCCUCUUUUGAGAAGAGUAGUUGGAUGUGAGAUUUAACCAGGCCAAGGGAGGAGGGAGGGCUUAUGGCCACAUGGCUAGGGUGAGCACAUAGGAAAGGUACCCUACCCCACUUAUUGGGUUUGUAUGGUGGAGUGGACUUGCCAACUACAUAGGGGUAUGAUCCAUAUGAAUUCCACUCCUGGAUGUGAGUGAGCAUGAAGGAAAGGUUGCAGGAUUUAGCAAAUAAAUGUACAGGUUGCCCGGCUAAACUUGGAUUUCAGAUGGUGAAUGAAUUUUGCUCCAAUGUUUAGGUCAUACUUAGUUAUUUGUGGUCUAUCUGAAGGUAAAAUUUAACACAUAAAGGAAACUCCCAAUCAAGGCUUGACCUAUUGUGGGCCAGGAGGAGUUUGAGUGCCUUUGGACUUCAGCCUGUGAAGCAUCUGGUGGCAUCAGGUGGAGAAGGGCUGAGAUGAGGAGCAUGAGGUACAGGAAGCCUUUGGACUGAGCCCCAUCAGCGUUGCACCUGCGUUUACAGUCAUGUAAGGAGCGGGGUCAGCCAAAGAUGGAGAAGGUGCUGCUGGGAGGCUCGGAGACCCACUGGAAAUCUGGUGAGAAAUGAGGCUUAAACACCCUUAAGGGGCUAGGCAAAGGCCAGGAGUUGUAGGGACAGGAGGGCAGAACACUGACUAUUGACCUCAGAUUGGACAUCAGAAGAUGCACUAGUGCCCUUUGACAGGUACUGUUCAGGUGUGAGACUGCCUUUUCUGACCUGGCUUUAUUGAUAAAUAAUGAAAGUAUCAUAAGGCAGAUGGGUGCCAAAAUAUUUUAUCACAAGAAAAGCUGCUCUGACUGUAUGGCCUAUGACCUUGAGCAAAUGUGCUUUCUAGGAUGACACCCAGCUCAUCAUUCCCUUCCUAGUCCCUAGCAGUAUGCACCUGUAAGUCUCCUGUUAUGAAGGAACUCAGGAAAGAAGAGCUGGCUGUGGCCACCCAGUUUCUUGCAAAAUCACCUGUCACAUAAGGUAGGAAUGGGGAAAGACCAUGAUGAUGGUUAGAGCUGAUGAUGAUUCCUCCAAGUGGAAUAAAAUAGCUACAGUGAAAGUGCUUUCAGCCCAAUCCUGAUAACGGUGGCCAGCACCCACAUAGGACAUGUCCUCUGCCAGGCAUAUGCGUUGACGCAUUUUAGUUCCACAAUGGGGUGGUAGCACCAUAGCUGUCUUUUUCCAGAGGAGACAACAGCUACAGUGGGAGUGCCCUGCCUGCCCCAGGUUCAUAGAAGGAAAUGGAGGGAGUGAGAGUCUUUUCUUUUUUUCUUAAUCCUCACUCAAGGAUAUGUUUUUAUUGGUUUUAGAGAGAGAAGAAGGGAGAAAGAAAAACAUUGAUGUGAGAAACAUUGACUGGUUGCCUCCUGUACAUGUCCUGACCGGGGAUCGAACCUGCAACCUAGGUAUGUGCUCUUUCUGAGUACAAAACACUGGUAGAGCCUGGCUGAUGUGGCUCAGUUGUUGAGCAUUGACUCAUGCACCAAGAGGUCACCAGUUAAUUUCCCAGUCAGGGCACUGCCAACUUGUGG